CGUACUAGCUUUUUCGUGGCCAUGUUUUUCUGAUUACUUAAACAUGACUUGCAUUUAUUUUUUACGAUAAUUUAAUGAUAUUUUUAUAAGAAAACCGCAGAAAAAGUAACUAUAAACACUAAAGAAGUCUAUACAGUACAUCCUAAUAGUGUUUGCUUUCGGAAUGACGUCGUCACUUAAAAUAAAGGUACACACACCCCUUGAACUUUUAUUAGCUUGUUACAGGAAGUUGAAAAGUGAAACGAACUAGCAGCAGGCAGUUGGCAAUAUGGCCCAUUCUAUGCAAUUUGGGGACCUCUUAGAGGAUAUAAAUUGUUCGGUUUGUCUCGAACUGUUUAGUCAUCCGGUGAUACUGGAGUGUGGACACAACUUCUGUAGGGCCUGCAUUGAUGCCGUCUGGGAUAACGCUCAGAGUCUCUCCUGUCCUGAAUGUAGAGAGCAGUUCGCAGUCCGAAAAUACACAGUGAACCGAUUACUUGCUGUUUUGGUCGAGAGAGUCCGAAAACAGGAACAAGACCAAAAAGAUAACACGACAGAGCCUAGGCAAAACGAAGAGGCAGACGAUCAAGGUGCGAGACAAAAGCUUUGUGGGGAGCAUAAAGAAGAGCUGUAUUUGUUUUGUGAAGAAGAUGAAACAUUGGCCUGUUCCAUGUGUAUCCCUGAACAUUAUGGUCACCAUUUCUUACCGCUGCAGAAAGCUGUUAACAAAUAUCAGGAGCAGUUAAAUAGAGUGAUGUCGUCUCUUGAAUACAUUUUAAAGGAGAUCCAAGAAAAAGAAAAGAAACAGCAACAGAAAAUCACAGAAAUCAAAGAAUGUGCACAAAAUCUGGAGUGUCACAUUAGAUCAGAAUUUAUCAUUCUACAUGACUUUCUCUAUGAAAGGGAACAUCAGCUGAUCCAAGAACUCCGUGUGGAAACGUCAGGAAUUCUGGAAAAGAUGGAGAAAAACUUGAAGGAGUUGAGAGACAACAGCAACACCAUUCAGUGCCAAAUAUCUGUUCAGUCAAAAAUGGACCAGCAGGUGUCUUUACUUUUUCUAAAGGGAAUCAAGGACAAUAUGACAAGAGUUAUUGAAGCAGAGAAGGAAAAAUCUGCAGCAUCAUAUGAACUGGUGACUGACUAUGUGAACUUGGGAGUUUACAAGUGCCCCUUACAGUACAAAUAUUGGAAAGAAAUGAAAAUCAUCAUCCAACCUGGUGACAUACAUUUAAAUGUUUUAAUUAUAGACUAUAUGAUAAGAUUAUUAUGUCUGCAAUCUGUAGCUAUACUGGUGAACCAUAAACUUGGCUUUGGGAUGUGGAGGCCUAGCUAAAGUGUAAAUGAAUCA